UUUGGGAAUUUUUUAAAUCAGUGCUGGGUAAAGUAAGAGCCUGCUGCGCGGGUAGGAUGCGGCGGUAUGAACCGCGCUGUGGUACUAAUGGCGGUGUUCACCACCACCAUCGCCCCACAAAUCAACAUUACAGAAGUUCCAGGUGUUGAGUUGUCAAGCGCUAUCAAGAAAACUACAAUGAUUGUUCCGACGUCAGCGCACGUAAUAAAGUCUAUGGCAAACAAGACAAGACGACUGCCAACACGGAAGGGGAAAGGGGACUCGCCGAUGUUGAAUUACAUCUUCGACUCCUACGCGACCAGUAACAAGCAUUUCCAUGACAAGUUCCGGGCGCCAUCAUUUGAAGGUGACGUAAGCUCUGAAGACACACUACUCGAAGCAGACACGGGUGCAACAGUUCUGUUUGAUUGUCAAGUGUUAUCUUUGAGAGAUAAAACGGUAUCCUGGAUUAAAGUUUCCGAGAAUGAAAAUCUAGAAUUACUUACAUUAAAUCUAGACACAUACACAGCUGACAACAGGUACCGCGUGGACGUUGCCGGUGAAACUUGGAGGCUAUACCUAUCAAACGCAAAAGAGCAGGAUUCUGGUAUCUACUGCUGUCACGUGUCAACGCAUCCACCCAUGUUAAAAAGAUUCAAGUUGAUUGUUCACAGACCAGAAAUAAGAAUGAGCAAAGAAGCUUUCUUAGAGAGCGGGGAAACAUUAUCUCUGAAGUGCACGGUUGUGCAUCUGACGUCAGGGGAGGCGCCACCCGUCUUGCAUUGGUACAGGGGCAAUGUCACAGCACCCCUCGAUGAGAUACGAGGAGGCGUGCUUAUUGAAACCGAUCAUCUCACUAUGACUUCGCACUUACAGGUCGCCCGCCUCAAAGUGGAAGAUGCGGGUAACUACACCUGCGCCUUAGAAGCCCCUUUAAUUAUGAAAACCGUUGCAAGGGUUCACGUCUUACAAGGUUCUAGUCUUGCAGAACUACAAAGUGGAGUGAAAUCUGCAUCCAGCUACCUUAGUCUGCUUGUCACAUCAAUAUUCUUUAAUUUAAUUAUUUGUGGUGACGUAAGGUGACCUAUUUAGGUAACUAGUUUAUGACAUAGGUACGGUAUAUGGCGAAUGAAAGGCUGGAUAACGCAAGAAUUUCAAACAUGGGGAACAAGUUAUUCGUAAAAUUAAACAAUUGCAAACA